AUGCAGUGCACCAUACUGAAUUUGAAUUUUCUAAGUUGUGCUAACAGUUGAGGGGCUGGCUACAAGGUAGCACACGAUUUGGCUAUGCUUUGUUAAAUUGCUAUAUUUUUCAUUACACACUUUAGUAUUUGUCGGGUACGAAGGCCAGUGUGCAAGAAUGUAGCUUGCUAGAGAACGUUGCAAUAAUGCCGAUAUAUUGAGAUUUUGUCUUUUGAAUAUGACCUCGUUACCGUCACCCCAGCAGUACACAGCAUCAAGCUCAGCAUGCAACAUAUUACCUGGUGAUGGGAGUCAGGUGCAGCCAAAAGCCCCUCUCCUGCAGAUUCUGCGUGUGGCUGGAGCCCAGGAGGACAUCUUUACCCUCAAGGAGGUGAUGCACUACCUGGGCCAGUACAUCAUGGGGAAGCAGUUGUAUGAUAAACAGAGGCAGCACAUAGUGCACUGUCAGGACGACCCACUGGGAGAGCUGCUGGAGGUCGAGAGCUUCUCCGUCAAAAACCCCAGUCCAGUCUACGAGAUGCUGAAGAAGUAUUUAGUUGUGCUGAGUUGUUCAGACGCUGCAGAGAGUCUUUCUGUGGGCCGUGAGUGUGUAGAGGGCGGAGUGGAGGACCGCGGUCAGGUGUGUGGGGGCGUGGCCAAGGCGGGCCUGGUUGUGGCCAGUGACGAGGCCCUCCCCAUGCAGACCCCGUCUCAGAGACGACCCCGGGAGCCUGACGAAGACUCUUUAGAUGGCUUGCCCCAGUCGGCCUGCAAACGGCCCAAGCUUGAUGUCACACUAGACGAGUGGGACCUCUCAGGACUGCCCUGGUGGUUUCUGGGUAAUCUGCGUAACAACUACAGUCGCAGAAGCAACGGCUCUACGGACAUCCACACUAAUCAACUGUCUCCUGCGCAGGAUGAGGACACAGCGAUCGUGUCGGACACGACGGAUGACCUGUGGUUCCUGACAGAGGGGGGAAGUGAACAGGUGAGCGUGGAAAUGAAGGAGGCCGUGCUGGAAGAAGGGAGUGGAGGAGAAGGAGAGCCGCCACCUGAAGAGGAGGGAGGAGGAAAAGAGGAGAAGGCUGAUAAGGAGAUGCAGGAGGAGCCAGAUGAGGACUCUCAGUGUCUGAGUGAUGAUACGGAUAUAGAGAUCUCUACACAGGAUGCAUGGCAGUGUACAGAGUGCAGGAAGUACAACUCUCCUCUCCAGCGCUACUGCGUACGCUGCUGGGCUCUACGCAAGAACUGGUACAAAGACGUCCCACGGUUGGUCCACUCACUUUCCGUCCCCGACAUCCCAGCAUGUAGUUCUCUGGCCCCGCGAGACGACGAUGAGGAGGAAAGCGACACAGGCAUCGACGUCCCAGACUGCCUCAGGACUGUGUCUGACCCCGUCAUCCUGCCCUCACACUCUACCCCUGACCGCCUGCUGCCCCCCGGGGUUCCAGGGAAGGGCAAGGGUCCUAGGCCGCGAGGCCUUCCCAGGGAGGAGCAGCUCUCUGGGGGAGAGAGUCAGGAAAGCCUGGGGAUGGAAGUAGAGGUUAGGCCCGAGGCUCUGUUGGAGCCUUGUAAGCUGUGUCGGAUGCGUCCGCGUAACGGGAGUAUUAUACACGGCCGCACGGCUCACCUGCUAACCUGCUUCUCCUGCGCCAGGAAGCUGCACAAGUUCCACGCUCCAUGUCCCGGCUGUGGACAGAUCAUACAGAAGGUUAUAAAGACAUUCAUAGCCUGAGAGGAUUGGAACACACAGAUGUAAUACACACAGAUGUAAUGUACAAGGUUAUUUAAAAUUGGAACAAGACACAAUCACUUGCAUCAAAAGCCACUCGUACGCCCCAGAGAUGCACAGAGUAAAGCACUUAAAAGAGCAUGUUCCCUUUUUGCUCUCUGUUGUCUUGUAUUGCUUGUAUCACACUGCCUCUGAGCUAUGGCGCUAGUAAUGGAAGGUACAAAUCCAGCAAUGUGUUUCUUGAAGUAUCCAACUAUAUAGUUAUCUCUGUGCCACAGUUCAUGAAAGUCAUUUGCUACUCAAUGUAACAUCAUAGGUAUUUAUUUAUUUGAGGGCCAAGCAGCACUGUACAUAUGAAAACGCAGCUGUCAUUGCAGCUAACUUUGACGACAACGAUAUGUGAGACUUAAGUUUUGUUCCCGACGGAAGACCUGUUGACAUUUGUUUCCUAUUGGCCACUGUUGUAAGUGUCCAGAAAAAGCUUUCUGCCGGUUGUCAGGCUGCUGACGUGUUUGCUGCCAUACACUAUAUUUUAUCCCUUAAAGACCGGUCUUCUCUCCCUAGGUUAGGAUGAUGGUAAGCUAGCUUCACACUGGCUGACUACUUCUCCAGUGAGAGCAGAUAUGAAUUCUCAUUGCCCUGUAUAUUCAUGGCGCCUCAGUGCUUUGUUGGUCCUCCUCUUCUCCUGUUUAGUCCUUUGUUUGUCUUAAAUAAUUUCUCUGCAGCGUUUUUUUUUAGUAUGCUCUUGAAAAACAAGGGGGAUCGAAAGGAGAUUUCCGAUACAUACUCGACAUUUUUGCUGAUUUAUUGACCAAAUUUUGGUUGAAAGGCCUAUUUUCAAGAUAAGUCAAUAAGAAACCUCUCCUUUAGAUCCCCUUGUCAUUGUUUUUCAAUAGUAUACAUACCCCCAGGGAGAAGUCUUUACCCUGCAGUGUUGAUCAGAAUGCUUUGUUGUCUUACUGUCCUUGUACCCACAAUGCAAGUGAAUGUACUCCACAGAGAACUUUUGCCUCUUUUCAAAGGCUAGUUAGUAAAAAGUAGUUAAUAUUAACGAUAAUAACCCGUCUGAAAUAUAGUUGAAGAGUCACAUCUAUAGUCCUCAAUGUAGAGUUAUUGUAAAUUAGCCCAUCUCAAUAAGGAAAUACUUUUGUAUGUGGACACCCCUUCAAAUUAGUGAAUUUAGUUAUUUCACUGUUGAGAUCAGUGACUUUCAACGUGGCACCUUCAUAAGAUGCCACCUUUACAACUAGUCAGUUUGUAAAAUUUCUGCCCUGCUAGAGCCGCCCCGGUCAACUGUAAGUGCUGUUAUUGUGAAGUGGGAACAUCUAGGAGCAACAACGGCUCAGCUGUGAAGUGGUAGGCCACACAAGCUCACAGAAUGGGACCGCCGAGUACUAUAGCACGUAAAAAUAGUUUGUCCUUGGUUGUAACGCACACUACUAAGUUCCAAACUGCCUCUGGAAGCAACUUCAGCACAAAAACUGUUAGUCUGGAGCUUCAUGAAAUUGGUUUCCAUGGCCGAGCAGCUGCACACAAGCCUAAGAUUACCAUGUGCAAUGCCAAGCAUCGGCUGGAGUGGUGUAAAACUUGCCGCCAUUGUACUCUGGAGCAGUGGAAACGCUUUCUCUGGCGUGAUGAAUCACACUUCACCAUCUGGUAGUCCGACUGACGAAUCUGGGUUCAGUGGAUGUCAGGAGAACACUACCUGCCAGAAUGCAUCGUGCCUACAGUGAAGUUUCAUGGAGGAGGAAUAUUGGUCUGGGACGGUUAUUAUUAUUUUUUUUAUGGCUGGGGCUAAGCCACUUAGUUCCAGUGAAGAGAUCUUAACGCUCCAAUGACAUUCUAGAAGUUUCUGUGCUUCCAACAUUUUGGCAAAAGUUUGGGGAAGGCCCUUUGCUGUUUUAUCAUAAUAAUGCACCGUGCACGGAGCGAGGUCCAUACAGCAAUGGUUUGUCGAGAUUGGUGUGGAAGAACUUGACUGGCUUGCACAGAGCCCUGACCUCAACCCCAUCGAACACCUUUUGGAAUGAAUUGGAACGCCUAAUCGUCAAACAUCAGUCCCCAACCUUACUAAUGCUCUUGUGGCCGAAUGGAAGCAAGUCCCCGCAGCAAUGUUCCAACAUCUAGUGGAAAUCCUUCCCAGAAGAGUGGAAGCUGUUAGAGCAGCGAAGGGGGGACCAACUCCAUAUUAAUGCCUGUGAUUCUGUAAUGAGAUGUUUAGCGAGCAGGUGUCCACAUACUUCUGGUUAUGUAGUGUACCUACGUGCAAGGUCUGCCAUUUUUCCUUUCCAGACCAUUAUUUACUUUUUAGUCUUAAAUAUGAAUACUAAAAUAUUCACAAAACAUUCUAGUUCUGCUCGCUUGAAUUUCUCCAUUUUAGUGCAGUGAUUUUGGCAAUUUCUUUAGACCUUUUCCUGUUUUAGGUGUUGUGCUUGAUUAUUAGAAGUAUUUGUGACCCUUUAAUUCCUCCCCAAAUAUGUUUUUACGAUUUUUGUUAACCUCUUGCAAUAUCCUACAUUUUAAAUCAGAUUAAUGAGUGUUGGGACAGUAAGUAUGGAGUUGUACACCACUAGACAGAAUACAGGCCUGCUAAGCCUUAUCACCUGUGCUAAGUUUGCCCCUUGAUAAUUAGAAGAAAUAAAACAUUAAAGCGGCAAUUACAGUUGAAACAAUAACAAAGUGUUUUCCCCGCUGCUGUUUCUGAGGGAUUGGGGGAUUGGGCUGGAGAAAUGUAACCGCUCAAAUUCAUAUACGGAGCUAUGGCUGCUAAGACCAUCUAUGAUAUCAAAAUAAUAGUUUUAACAAUGUUUUGAGGCGAUACAGUGCCUGUUUAAAUUGACUUUGUUUACCAACACUAAAGUAAAUCAAUUUUCUUUUUGGGGUUCUGAUGGGGUACAACAGUUAAACAAACUAAGCUAAUGAGAUAUUUAAGUUAGUAUUCAAAAAUCAAUACUAUAUAUAUAUAAUAUAUAUAUUAUAUAUAUGUUUACUAUAUAUGCUACUGCCAAAUGAUUGUCCCUUUUUUAAAGGGAGGACUUAAGGUAAAAUGACUUACGGUGUGAAUAAAGCUAUAUAGAUGGUAAAGGUUUUUGUUUUUUUUGCUUUGUCUUCUAUUUCUAGAUGCAAACUUUGCACAGGUGGAAAUGCACAGUAAUACUAUACUCAUAGUAAUACUCAGGCUCUUUUGUUUCUGGAGGCCAAUAGUGUUUCCUCUCACUCUAAGGUAGAAACAGACGUGUGUGGGGUUUUCCUGAUGAUGGUGCAUAUGAGUGUGCUUGUUGAGUUUUGUUUAAGGGAAGUGUUUCACUGCCAAAUGUAAUGAUUGGUUUUUGCUUGUUUGUAUGUUAUUAUGUAAAUUUGUUUUGGGUUUUAAUUGAUAUUGGUUCUGCAUUUAUUUGCUUUAAGAUGUAUUGUUCCUGUGUGUACAAUGCUGUUUUCUGUUAUGCUUUUGUGAAGGUCCUGAAGGGCAGGCUGCAGGCAGGUGACCUGUAACAAAGUGACCUGUCCUCUCCUGUCUCUCUACUGCUUGUAACAGACACUGUCAGGUCUACUCUGAAACAUACUGAAACAUGAACAUGCACUUGUACAGAGAGCUCUUUAUUCCUUGUCCUAGCUGUGCUCUGCCUGACUGAAGGGAAUGAUGGCCUUACCUUCCACCACUGUUCAGCUCUUUACUUGUACUUAUCCCCUCUGCCUCCAGGUGGUGCUCGAUAGCAGUGGUUCUCAGUGCUCCAAGAGCUCUCGCCCAUUGCUGCUGUAUAGUAUUAAACAUGUUAUAAUCUACAUAGCAUAUGGUUGAUUAGUGUGAGACUAAACCCAGCACUGUGCUGGUGAGAGAAUUAUACUAGCAAUGUGUAUUAAAGCUAUAUUAGAUCUGCUAUAUUGUAAAGGAACCCGGCUUUGAUCCCCUUGUAUUGCCCUACUCAUAAGCCACCGAGCACUACAAACUAUCUAACAUGGAGGCACAGCAGAAUGUGUCAUUGUUGUGGUUGUUGAAUACUGAGAAAGGCACCAAAUUCAAAAAGAUGUGAUGAGCAUGAUUGCAACAGAACAUUCCAGAAGAACAUGGUACACCCAAUAUGGCCUCCUGUCCUCAUGUCGUGGAACAUUGCUUUGAAUUGGAAUGUUAGUUCUGCUCAUUCUAAUUCUGUUUGUAGUGCUGUAUUAUGAAUAAAGUAACAAGUACAACUAA